AAGAUAAAUUUUCUCAGCGAGAAAAUUGUUAGACCACUGAUUAAGCGGUCAUUUUACUCGACUUUUUACUUAUCGCGGUAGGAAAUAUGUAAUCUGUUUUCGAAGGUAUUCGAUUAUCGAUAGUCGAUAAGAAAAAUCUGACCUUUAGUCGCUAAUCAAGUUAAGAUUAAAAUGUACAAUCGAUAUAUUUACAUAUUUACAUAUAUAUGUAGUACUCGGAGAACUCAUAUUCGUUGAACCACGAGAGUCGUGUACUAGUAAUCUUGCUAAAAAUAAAAGGAGAAUCGGCAGGAUAAUCGGUGCGACAUUGGUACAAAAGAGUACACGAUCGUAAAGUCUGUCUAGAUAAUAGGUACAUUUAUUCCGUAAUCAUUCCGAAUACCGAAUAAUGUAGGCACAAUAAAAAUGUAAAAGGUACAGAAGGGUUCAUUUAGAAUAGAAGCUGCAUUAUCAACGUCAUUGGUAUAUUUUGGGUUUAAUUAUUAGAUAGAUGGUGUAGAAUACAUCGCGCGAAACAUCAUUAGAUCGACGACCUCGUACUGCUCUUUCAUUGCCAAUUGGAGAAACUUAACCGAUGAAAUUCUAUACGUAGACAUAUCGAUUUGUUCCGAUAGCUAAAGGUAACAUAACCGGUUAGUCAAGAAAUUGUACGAGACUUUAUUAAAUUCCCCAAGAAAUCAUUCGAACGUUGUUUAUGUAAUCUUCCGGAUAAAUAACGAACAAAUUUUUUCCUCUACUGAUAGAAAAUUCGUUAGUUACGAAGGAUUAUCGAGGAUGUAUAACGUUCAGUGUUAUUCUUAUCGCGAGUAAUCAGACGUCUUUGUCUUUUAUCUUUAUAGCUAACAGAAGAUAUAUGGCAUACAGUUAAUACAGUUCUAAUCAUUAUAAUUUAUAUUAUAAACGAUCGUAUUUCUGGAAAUUGUAUAUUAUGCUUAAAAAUAUAAUUACUAUACACGUAUAUGAGUUAAUAAUUAACACGCUUAGCUAGGUGGAAAGCAUUAGACAAGUGAAAAACGUGCAAGAUUUUGGCACAGUUUCCAGAGUCGAAGAAUAAAACGAAUAUCGUAACUCGGUCAAAGAAUGCAUGCCGAUGGAUCGUAUUAUUACGAAUCUUCCUACAGAUGGUCAAUUUCAAAACUAUUCCACUCUUACGAUUCUUGAUAAAGGGCCUGUUGGUUAAACGCUAGAUCGUCGCGGAAUAAUGUCAUUUUCUGCGUUAUUUCGAAUCUAUAUACUUUCUUGAUAAGUUCGUUUAAAGAAAUAUAGCGAUGAAACAAUGCGCAGAACAAGUUACGUAAUCCUGUGUGGACGCUGUUGCGGUCGGUGGAGGAAAGAAACUGUCCGACGUGCAACACGCUGUCGUUACUCGUUGAUGCAUCGUCAUCGUAAAUACGAACGAGCCUCUAUGUGAUCGACCACUUCGUUCGCGUUUGCCUAUCGAAAGGCGGCGUUUCACGAGAUUGAACAUCUACCAAAUUUCGAUCUACGCGCAUGCGUGUGUUUAACGCGCAUCCGCUACGAUUAAAUACGAUAACCUACACGCGAAUACGUUUGUCUAUAUCGUGUAAUUAGAAAAUUGAACAUUCGAAAGUUUCGGCAUUUAGGAAAUUUGAAAAUUAAUAAGUGUUGUCAUUUUCUCUAGAGAAGCAUAUUCUUUUACGUACGAAACAUAGUGUAUCUAGCCCAUCUGGAAUAAUUUAUAGUCACAUCUACGGCCGCAGUGUCAUAAAUUUAAAUCAAGUACAAAGGAGCACGAAAGUACAUAGAUUAUAAUUAAAUAUUCUUUCUAUAAAUUCGUGAAUUCUCGUGGUAAAAUUUAAUUACGCUACGAGAAAACUUACAUCUUCCUGCAUCGUGAACGGUUCGUCGGAAACAAAUUUCUUUCGUGUUUUAAAUAGCUUCAUUGUAAAUUUAUAUCGGUAUAUCGAAAUUGUGCAUACGAAUACUUUGUGUCAUCUCGUUUCCUCCGCAAAAUAGUAGUUUUCCAAUUUACGCGGUCAUUCAAGCGACAUCUAGAAAGCUGUAGUGUUAAUAUUUGACCGCUAGGUGGCUACGAACAACUGAUCAAAUUUCUCGCUAGUGCUUGGUCAGAGGUGCAGUUCGUAUAUAAGGAAGAAACCGAGAUCUACCUCUCGGAUAGUCCGAUGCUUCCCAGGAAAAUGUUAUCGCAUUUUUCGCGGCUUUUCAUCGGCCAACCCAUACUAAUAUUAAAUAACAUUGUGACGCAAACAAAAAAAAAGGUCUUUAUAUAAUAUUACUCUUCUUUGCGAAGAAAAAUGGUAUUGUGGUGUGUUUGUUACACAUAAAAAAAACCCCCAAACCAAUUUUAAUUCAUUUCUCCUCGCUGUUGUUGAUCAGUGGGUGAAAUUAAUUUACAAAUGCAUUUGGAACUCCUCUGUGCAUUUGUAAAACUUUCAACUGUGGAAGCCGGCAACGCGACUAUCUUUUUUCUUGAAAAUUUUUUUCCGUCAAAAUGUUCUGUGUCAUUCGAAUAAAACAUUAAUUUUAUUUUCUAACUUACGACGUACUUUUGAUAGUUAAUAAUGCGACGUUCCAAGAUUUUAAAUUUAAAAAAUUGUUCAUUCCCAAGGUUGUGAAACUUCUGUUGCGUCGUAAAUCAAGAAUAAAAAGCAAUUUGAAUUGAAUUAAUUUUGACGAAACGCGAUAGUCUCGAAAUUUAUCCCUUUUGUGCGUCGCUUACUCUUUGUACGGCGAUAUUACUUGUAUCGACCUAUCAAAGAGCAGGGGCAAAUGAUAAUGAGCUCCCGUCGCAACGUAUCACGCGUUUUUUUCCAUUUCUAUCGUAUAAUAGUAUGCGUUAUUAUGUUCCGAGUAAAAAAGUCGUUACGAUAUAUAGCGAUAACUGGCGAUGCAGAAUUUUAUGCGAAAAUUUUGUUUUCGAAAAAUAACUUUGCGUAAUAUCAUCGAGUUCGAUUUUUAAAAGAAAACUUUCGUGGAAAAAACUUUCCUAACGCAAGGAAUUGUAUCUCGAGGAUAGCGAAGAAUUCGUACGCGAAAGAUACAAUGCCGGGCUCUGGAAAGAAACCAGGACCCCUUAUCGGUGUAAUCGAUGUUGGUACACGAACAGUUCGUUUUGUGGUGUUCACCGCGAAACACGUAGCCGAGGUAGCAUCCCAUCAAAUCGACGUAGAACAAAUCUGUCCGCAGGAAGGAUGGGUGGAACAAGACCCAAAAGAGAUUCUUUUCGCGGUGAAGGCAUGCAUUAAGGACGUCAUACGAAGAUUCGAUAUACUUGGCUUGAAAGUUGACGAGAUAGUAACGAUCGGUAUCACGAAUCAAAGGGAAACAACCAUAGUAUGGGAUGCAACGACCGGUGAACCGCUAUACAAUGCUAUAGUGUGGUCCGACGUUAGAACUAGUUCGAUCGUCGAUAAGAUAAUAGCGAAAUUCCCGGAUCAAAGUAAAAAUCAUAUUAAACCGUUGUGCGGAUUACCAGUAAAUCCAUAUUUUUCGGCAUUAAAAAUCCGCUGGAUAAUAGAUAACGUACCCACUGUGAGAAAAGCAAUGCGGGAUAAGCAAUGUAAAGUGGGCACCAUGGAUACGUGGAUCGUUUGGAACUUAACGGGAGGCAAAGAUGGUGGAUUGUAUAUUACCGAUGUAACAAACGCCUCAAGGACCAUGUUAAUGAACAUAGAAACCCUUUCUUGGGAUCCCACAUUGUGCAGAUAUUUCGAUAUUCCUAUGCAAAUGUUGCCAGAAAUCAGAAGCAGUGCUGAAAUUUAUGGACAUAUCAAAAUUGAUCCAUUAAAAGGAAUCCCUAUAUCAGGCAUCUUAGGGAAUCAGCAGUCCGCGUUAGUUGGUCAAAAUUGUUUGAAAAAAGGACAAGCUAAAAACACGUACAGAAGCGGAUGCUUUUUGCUCUGUAAUACGGGAACAACGCGAGUGUAUUCAUCUCAUGGGUUAGUUACAACGGUGGCAUAUCAAUUAGGUCCAACAAGUCCGGCCGUUUAUGCAUUGGAAGGCUCCGUUGCAGUGGCAGGGGCUGCCAUUAAAUGGUUACGGGAUAAUAUGAAACUCAUAAAAGAUGUUAGCGAUUGUGAACAUCUGGCUGAAAGUGUUUUCAGCACCGGUGACGUUUACUUUGUGCCUGCUUUUAAGGGAUUGUACGCUCCUUAUUGGAGGAAGGACGCGAGAGGAAUUAUUUGCGGUAUUACCGCGUUUACCACGAAACAACAUAUUAUAAGAGCAUCGUUAGAAGCCGUUUGCUUCCAGACAAGAGAUAUCUUAGAAGCUAUGCUCAAAGAUUGUGGCUUUCCAUUGACUAAGUUGAACACGGAUGGAAAAAUGUCUACCAACAACCUUCUUAUGCAAUUACAAGCAGACCUUUGCGGCACACCUGUAUUUAGAUCAACCAUGCCAGACAUGACAGCAUUGGGAGUUGCAAUGGCUGCAGGUCACGCAGAAGGUAUAAGCGUUUGGGAACUCGAAGGCGAAGAAGUGGAAACUGUACCAAAAGACACGUUUUUGCCAACAACUACGCCAGAAGAGAGAGAUGCUAGGUACAAAAAAUGGAAGAUGGCAGUCGAAAGAAGUUUGGGAUGGGCAGCUGUGAAGAAAUCCGAUCAAAUGACAGACGAAAGAUAUUAUGUUCUAGCGUCCAUUCCUGCAAGUUGGUUCUUGCUGACAAGCUUUAUUUUACUACGAUUAAGUUAUCACUUCGAUAAUCGGUGACGACACCUUCACUGUUGUUACAAUGGAAAGUUGAUUAGAUAGAAGAUAGCCUGCAUUGUAUCGUGCAAGUUCUGACAAUACAGAAACUGCUAAAUCUUGAAGUUAUCAAUAGUAGAACAAACUAUAAAUACCAAUACCGAAUUACACAAUAAAAUAUACAGGGAAAUCGCUUCGACUCGAUCGAAUCGUGUAUACUUUCAAACUUACUAGGAAUAAUCGAUAACGACAUUGAAAGCGGUAACGCGAUACAAAAGACACGAAGUCUGAAGUAAGUUGAGUGGAAAGGUUUCAAGAAAAAGAAAGUAUUAGAAAAAAUUAGAAAAAUGCACAUAGUUACUUAAAAUAUUCAUUUAAUUAUUCGCUACCCUUUAUCGACCAUCGAUACAAGAUAACGUGGUAUUUCGUGAAUUAUCGCCGACAACGGUUGAGAGGAGAGGCACGAAAAGAGUUCACGUUACGGAUUCCCGUACAUAACCUGCCUCUCUGAUUUGCGGAAGAUUCGUCAGGAAACUUUAUUCACCGUGUUAUAUGUAUCGUAUAGAUACUUAUUAAAUUCAUAAACGUUCUAACUUCGAAACGAUUCGAAUAUCGAUUUUGAAACGUAGAAACACGUUUCUUCUGGACACUCUGGAUAUCAUUUUUCAACGGCACUUUAAGUGUAACAAAUAAACCAAUAAACUUUCACACGAUUCUACGAAUCGUCAAUCGUUAUACGUGGAAUCGUAUAACGUGCGUUAACGUUAUAAAAUUCAUUAAUAAUAUUAUCCUCUUUAUCUUAUAAUUUAA